CGUUCUCCUGAGGAAGAAAAUGGAGGCCAUCUACAGAAACCCUAGCGCACCAAUCGAAGCUAGAAUCAAAGACCUUCUCUCCAGGAUGACAUUGAGGGAAAAGAUCGGCCAGAUGACCCAAAUCGAGCGCACUGUGGCCACUCCCUCUGCCAUCAAGGAUUUCUCUAUCGGGAGCAUUCUCAAUGGCGGCGGCAGCGUGCCAUUUCACAACGCGGUGUCGUCGGAUUGGGCGGACAUGGUCGACGGGUUCCAGAAAUCGGCGCUAGAGUCCCGUCUUGGAAUUCCGAUUAUAUAUGGAAGUGAUGCUGUUCAUGGGAAUAACAAUGUCUAUGGUGCUACCAUUUUUCCUCACAAUGUUGGGCUUGGCGCCACCAGAGAUGCUGAUUUGGUAAGAAGGAUUGGGACAGUAACAGCUCUAGAAGUUAGGGCGAGUGGGGUUAACUAUGCAUUUGCUCCUUGUGUUGCUGUAUCCAGAGAUCCYAGAUGGGGAAGGUGCUAUGAGAGUUAUAGUGAAGAUACUGACAUUGUUAGAAAAAUGACUUCCUUAGUUGAAGGCUUGCAGGGGAAGGUGCCUGAGGGAUACCCAAAGGGCUAUCCAUUUGUAGCGGGAAGAAAUAAUGUUAUUGCGUGCGCAAAACAUUUUGUUGGAGAUGGGGGGACUCAUAAAGGUGUGAAUGAAGGAAAUACCAUUAUUUCAUCUUAUGAUGACUUCGAGAGGAUCCAUAUGGCUCCUUAUUUGGACUGUAUUGCUCAAGGAGUUUCCACUGUUAUGGCAUCCUAUUCAAGCUGGAAUGGACGUCCGCUGCAUGUUGACCGUUUUCUGCUGACCGACGUUUUAAAAAAUAAGCUUGGGUUUAAGGGUUUUGUGAUAUCUGACUGGGAAGCACUUGAUCGUCUUAAUGAACCAAGAGGUUCAAACUAUCGGUUUUGCAUUUCAUCUGCAGUUAAUGCUGGAAUAGACAUGGUGAUGGUGCCCUUCAGAUACGAGCUAUUUAUCAACGACUUGUUAUAUCUGGUUGAAUCUGGGGAGGUUCCAAUGGCUAGGAUCGAUGAUGCUGUUGAACGAAUAUUAAGAGUGAAGUUUGUUUCUGGUGUUUUUGAACAUCCUUUCAGUGAUAGAUCAUUGCUAGACCUUGUUGGCUGCAAGCUUCACCGAGAUGUAGCGAGAGAAGCUGUUCGCAAGUCGUUGGUUCUGUUGAAAAAUGGAAAAAAUCCAACGAAACCCUUUCUUCCAUUAGACAAGGAUGCCAAGAAGAUUCUUGUUGCUGGUUCACAUGCUGAUGAUCUUGGAUUUCUGUGCGGAGGGUGGACAGCUACUUGGAAUGGGACGACUGGCAGAAUCACAAUUGGUACAUAA